AUGUGCGGUUUCAGAGUCAUGAAGGAGCUGCUGAUUGAAUUGCCCGAGAGUUAUCGCCAAACGAAUGGCCUCCGGCGGGCUAGAUUCGUUGCUCUCCUUGGUGUCGCAGCCAUUCUCUUCGUGACUGGGCGCAAGAUCUCCGCAUGGAAAUCGUCGCCUCUCAACCGCUUGAGCAACGCGGGAUCUGCGUCAUCGUUUCAACAAAACGACGACAACUACUUCGACUGGGAAUCACUAGCACCAUCAAGAGACCUCGACUACGUGCCCUGCUACAAGAAGUUCCAAUGCGCCAGACUUCUCCUCCCCAUGGACUGGACCGCUCCGGAAGAAACCCAACGAGACCACGAAUUCGCCAUCGCGAUGGUCAAGCAGCCCGCUAAUGUCUCUAUCCUAGACCCUCGCUACGGCGGCGAAGUCUAUCUCAACCCAGGUGGCCCCGGAGCACAGGGGGUGACUUUCUUGUCUGGCAGAUCAAACGACCAUCUUGUCACAACCAUCAAUGGCGACGAUCCCGAGGGCAAGGUGUUCGAUCUGGUGUCAUUUGAUCCGCGUGGAGUGGGGUUCUCGACGCCGAGGAUAUCUUGCUUCGAUGAUUUGGUUAAUCGGCAACUUUGGCAUCAGCUGGGCAGCGCGUACGGCAAUAUCGAUGUGUCUGGCCCAACAUUCGACCUUCUCUGGGCCCGCGCAAAGUCUCUCGAGAAGCUGUGCGACACAGGCAGUCCUGAUUCCGAGAGGUCUUUGGCACUGAGCACGGUUACCACUCCUUUUGUGGCACGCGAUAUGCUUGCGAUGGUUGAGAAAGCUGGGGAAGCAAGAGAGCGAAGGGUACGAGAAGCCUUGAAUGGAGCUGCACGAUCCGAAUUGCCGGACUCGUUACAAUAUCGACCAGGCAAGGAGCUAUUGCAAUACUGGGGCUUCAGUUACGGCGCGUUUCUGGGCGGCACCUUCGCGAGCUUGUAUCCCGACAGGGUAGGACGGAUGGUUGUAGACGGAUGCGGCGACUGGGUUGACAGCGCCUCUGGCGAGUUCAAAAGCUUCCUCAUUGACACGGAAACAGAGUGGCGCGAGUUCUUCAACCUCUGCCACGCAGCUGGAGCUGAACGAUGCGCGCUGUAUAGCUCAGAAGGCGCAGAAUCCAUGCAGAAGUCUGUUCACGACCUAUUGGAAUCUCUCGAGCACGAUCCGAUUUCCGUCAUGGAGGAUGGAAUGCCAUUUCCCGAGCUGUUCACCAAAGACACGCUCAUUGAGGGCAUCUUCGGCACGUUAUACCGGCCCUACCGCGACAGAAGCUGGGUCAAACUAGCAGAAACAAUUUCAGCUUUGCUCAACGGGACCGUCACACCCGCCGCCGUCGACAUGCUUCCUUCUCGCAAGAUCCAUACCUCGACAAGCGACUGCGAGACACCUGACUGCGUCGGCGAAGGUAUUCAUGAGGGCUUCUGGAGCGAGAUCAACUUCGGCGUGUACUGCCCCGACGGCCUCGACUUCCGCAACCUCACCAAAGCACAGAUAAUCCCCUGGGUCCAGAGCUUGCAGGAACAAAGCCCGCUAUUCGGCAGCAUGUUUGCGACGACAUCAAAGCUUCCCUGCGUCGGAUAUCCCGUGCGGCCGAAAUGGCGCUUUGCCGGGCCGUUUGGAGGGAAAACGAAGGUGCCGAUGCUCUUCAUCGGAAACACGCUGGAUCCCGUGGCGCCGCUGGAGGGCACAAAGAUGAAUGUGCCGUUGUUUGAGGGGGCGAGAUUGCUGCAGCAGGAUUCCGUCGGGCAUUGUUCCACCAACGCGCCUAGCCGAUGCACCGUCUCUCAUGUGCGACAGUAUUUGGUUUUUGGGGAGUUGCCUGAGGAGGGGACUAUUUGCCCGGUUGAUUACCUGCCGUUUGAUGCUGUCGUGUAA